AUGCCCAAAGGAAAAUCAGUGCCGACCAGAGGAAUCAUUGACCAGAGAAGCGACAAUUGGGAUAUCAGCUAUGACAUUCCAUCUACUACCAAUGAAGAAGAGAGCGAUGGGUUCUAUAGAAGAGUAUUAAUACCUCCUGCUGGCACACCAUUGCGAACAUACCUUGACGAGGCAAAGGCACAUAUAGAGAAAAAUGAGUUCUGGAGAAGACGCCAGUACUACCAUGGGAAUUUCAAUUCUCCCUUGGCGUCUGGCCUUGGAGCAAAACCAGCUCCAGACAAGUUCUAUUUGCCAGACAUGAUUCGAAUCUGGUGUCCAAGGGACCAGUUCCACAGCAUAAAGUUCCAGUACACUUGUACCAGCUGCCAAUGCUGCUCAAUCAUCCAAAAAGAACCAACUUGGAGGCCAGCUUUUGAACAAAAUGAGAUCCGCUGGGUCUAUUGCCACCGCUUGGAAUGCAAGAACGAUGGUUGUAAAGGGGGCACUUUCAAUUCAACCGACCCUUCAUUCCUUGGUAUGCUUCCCACUUGUAUUGCAGACAGCUUUGAAUUCAUCUUUCCCCCUCAAGGACCUGGAGUUUCAAGAUUCAUGCUUCGUCGUUUGUCACUGCAAAUAGACAAUCAUGUGCUAUUUGGAGCAUGGGUUCGUGAGGUGAAUGAUAUGAUGUGGGAACGGUACUUUCAAAAGUCCAAUCAAUACCUUGAAUUGCUGAACGAUUGGCUUGAGAAAUGGCCUUCUGUCUCAAGCUAUGAUGGCAGACCUCCACUGCACUGUACCAGCUACGAUGGCAGACCAAUAAUCCCAUACACAGCAUUUGGAGAGGCUGGUCACCACAAUGGAAUUAUGAUGACUGAAAACCUCGCCAAAACACUCUUUCGGCUUGCGGAAGGCGGGAAAAGAUUGCAAUACAACCAGAAUUUGUUUGCAGCAUGGCAGGAUGAAGGCUUGAGAGCUGACGACACUUUCAAGAUUUGCAAGAAAGUCCAUGUGACAACAUCAGGAAAGAAGAGAGUGAAACCAUUUGCUGGCCUACUAACUCUUUUGUCUCAAAAAGGAAAGAUAGUGGCUGCUGUGUUCAAGUCCAGCAUGUCACAUGACACAAACACUUGCAUUCUUCAAGAGGUAAAGAAAGCGAGAGACCAUGUUGGUGCUCCCCCUCUGAGGCUCCUCCAAACUGACAAUCCUGUAGGGGAACAAGCUCCUUACUACACCAUAUUGGCCAUUGUUAUUCACCUACACAAGAUUGCAAAAAGAGACUUUCCAAAUUCUCUGAAGAGGCUCCUGGAGCAGCACAAUAUGAUCCCCACUGGACGUCUGAUCGGCGGUGAUUGCAAGAAGCUGGAGGACCAACUUGGAGUUCUGAUCCAGAGAAGGAUGGAGCUGUACAACUUGUGUAGAACUGAUAGGGACAUUGAACGAUAUGGACUGAAAGACUUGAUGGAAGAGUAUCUUCUAUGCACAUAUCCAAUGAACAAGUCUGAUGCGCAGUCAUCAAGCUAUGCAAAGGCUAAACUAUCACCUACGGAUGUGCAAUACUGCGCUCUGGAUGCAGUUGUCUCAUUAUGGGUUUGUCACAGGGCAUUGGCUUUGUUAGCACAAGGAGGCCAACUUGUUGAUCCACAUCCAACUUUGCAAGUAGGGAAACGCUGCAUCGUAACACACAACACAAAGGACAUUGCUGCUGGUACUCUUCGGUUUGUUGGAACCAGAGGAGAGCAGAGAUCAUGGAACAGCAAAACAUUAGGUAGGGCGGAUUGCGUGGUUGCUAUUGAAAGUCUGAUUGAUGAAGCGUUUGAACCAAAAAGAAGGCAUUCAUCCUGGCCACAAACGGCAAAGACACUAGGAGAGCUGAAGAGAAGUCUUCAUACUUUUGAACUGGCAGUGAAAGUUAAUCAAAUCAAGAUCCUUUUGGAUGACUAUCAACCAUCUUGCACACCAGCCAUGGUAGGCGAUGCUACUGUCCAACCUUUCCAAGUCAACAAGAGCUAUCUUGAUGGGUUACUACAGGAACACCAGGCCAGCAACAACAGUACACCAAUGAUGCCAAUGCAGGAAACGGACAGUGUUGAUAUCAUUGGCCAGGAGGAUGGCACUGAGGACAGGGCUGCUGCUGGCCUUGAAGCAGAGAUCCACAAGGAUAGUGAGACUGGUUUGCUUUUGACAAAGUCAGUGAGGGAUCUUUUUCACCAAUUUCACAACAUACCACUGUCGGAGAAAGCCGAUGAAGCUGCACAUGUCUGCCAGUUCCUCCUUGCUGCAACUUGGAUCAACGAUGAGGACGAUUAUGCAAAUGUUGCUGAGGUGGUCCUUAGCAAAGGUGAAACGGAUCUUGCUUCCCACGAGUUCUUCCAUAGGGAGUAUUGGCGAAAACGAGUCAGACGAAACACCCCACUCCCAAAGGAUCAUGCUAAGAACAUUCGAGCUGUGCAAUAUGAAAUAUGGACCAACAGGGUCUAUCUAAAGAUCUCGUUUACCUGUCAAGGAAGCUUGGGGUUGAAAUAG